AAACAAUAUUUCCGACGCCCGCCAUUCGUGUUUGCUGUCAAAAGCACUAAUGUCGUGAAUAAACUUUUGUUCGUUGAGGCGUAAUUAUCUAGAUUAUUGAUAUUAGUUAGGUUUAUUAUUACUAUACACAAUGUCUAAUAUAUCUCUUGAUAAGGAGACAUUUUACCGCCGUAUGAAAAGGCUCUAUGCAGCGUGGAAGGCAGCUGCAGCAGAUCCAAAGAGCGAUGAUGCCUUGGCGAAAGUUGAUUGCCUGGUUUCAUGUGUCGGAGUUGAUGAAGAUACCUUGUACAGUAAAUCAACAGCUCUACAGACCUGGUUGUUUGGUUAUGAGCUUCCCGAUACAAUCACAGUGCUCACAGAGCACAGCAUGAGUUUCCUCGCCAGCAAAAAGAAAAUAGAAUUUCUUCGACAAAUUGAAAAUGGAAAAGAUGAGUCUGAACUGCCCCCAGUUAAACUACUUAUUCGAGAUAGGAAUGAUAAGGACAAAGAAAACUUUAAUAAACUUAUACAAGAGAUUAAGAAAUCAAAAUCAGGCAAAAACCUUGGUGUAUUUGCCAAAGACAAUUAUCCUGGUGAAUUCUGCGAAAGUUGGAAAGCCGCUAUGAAGGCAGAGAAGUUUGAAAAUGUCGACAUCAGCUCAUCUAUAGCUUUACUCAUGGCGCCCAAGGAAGACCCGGAAGUUAUCACAGUUAAAAAAGCAUGCUUGGUCACAGUUGACGUAUUCACAAAGUACUUGAAAGAUCAAAUCAUGGAAAUUAUUGAUUCAGAUAAGAAAGUAAAACACUCAAAACUAGCAGAAGGUGUAGAAGCAGCGAUAUCAGACAAAAAAUAUGUGACAGGAGUGGACACCAGCCAAGUUGACAUGUGCUAUCCACCGAUCAUACAGUCUGGUGGCAACUACAGUCUCAAGUUCAGUGCUGUGUCAGACAAAAACCACUUACACUUUGGGGCAAUUGUAUGCUCCUUAGGUGCCAGAUAUAAGUCGUACUGCUCAAACAUUGUCCGUACAUUACUGGUCAACCCUACAGAUGAGGUGCAAAGUAAUUACAAUUUUCUAUUGAAUGUGGAGGAAGAAGUGAUGAAACAUCUUGUUGCUGGUGCUAAACUGUCGUCAGUGUAUGAAGCAGGCUUAGAAUUAGCAAAAAAAGAAAAGCCUGAUUUGGUGGAUAACUUAACUAAAACUUUUGGGUUUGCAAUGGGUAUAGAAUUUCGAGAGAGCUCUAUAGUUAUUGGACCAAAAACUUCAGUGGUAGCCAAAAAAGGCAUGGUGUUCAAUAUCAACAUUGGCCUAGCCAAUUUGACAAAUAGUGCAGCCACUGAGAAGGAAGGAAAGACAUACGCACUGUUUAUUGGUGAUACAGUAUUGGUAAAUGAGGAGCAACCUGCUUCUCUCCUCACACAGUCCAAGAAGAAAAUCAAGAACAUUGGUAUCUUCUUGAAGGACGACGACGAAGAAGAAGAGGAGGAAAAAGAAAAUAAGACUGAAAUUCUUGAAAAUGGAGGCAGAGGCAAACGGACAGCGGUAAUAGAGUCCAAACUCCGUACGGAACACUCUUCCGAAGAGAAGCGUAAGGAGCACCAGAGGGAGUUGGCGAUAGCGCUGAAUGAGAAAGCUAAAGAACGUUUGGCGAAGCAGUCCAGUGGCAAAGAGGGAGAGAAGAUACGAAAGAGUACUGUUUCGUACAAGAGCGUCAGCCAGAUGCCCCGCGAGAAUGAGGUUAAGGAACUCAAGCUUUAUGUUGAUCGUAAAUACGAGACAGUAAUCCUGCCGAUAUUCGGCGUGCCCGUACCAUUCCACAUUUCGACCAUCAAGAACAUCUCUCAGUCGGUGGAGGGCGACUAUACGUACCUUCGGAUAAACUUCUUCCACCCUGGCGCUACUAUGGGCAGGAACGAGGGUGGGAACUACUCGCAACCUGACGCUACCUUCGUGAAGGAAGUCACAUACCGAAGUACAAACACAAAAGAGCCGGGCGAGAUAUCACCGCCUUCCGCAAACCUUAACACAGGCUUCCGACUGAUCAAGGAAGUUCAGAAGAAGUUCAAAACGCGAGAGGCAGAAGAAAGGGAAAAGGAAGAUCUGGUCAAACAAGACACACUGGUUAUGUCCCAAAGCAAAGGCAACCCCAAACUAAAAGAUCUGUACAUUAGACCUAACAUCGUCACGAAGAGGAUGAGCGGCUCUCUCGAGGCACACACCAAUGGCUUCAGGUUCACGUCCGUCAGAGGCGACAAAGUGGACAUACUCUAUAAUAACAUCAAGAAUGCAUUCUUUCAGCCCUGUGAUGGAGAGAUGAUUAUACUUUUACAUUUCCAUUUGAAACACGCUAUUAUGUUUGGCAAAAAGAAGCACGUGGACGUGCAAUUUUACACAGAAGUGGGUGAAAUCACCACCGACCUGGGCAAGCACCAGCACAUGCACGACCGCGACGACCUGGCGGCCGAGCAGAGCGAGCGCGAGCUGCGACACAAGCUCAAGGUCGCCUUCAAGAGCUUCUGCGAGCGCGUCGAGAACAUGACCAAGCAGGAGGUCGAGUUCGACACGCCCUUCAGAGAGCUGGGUUUCCCCGGAGCGCCGUUCCGCAGUACCGUCCUCCUACAACCCACGUCAGGAGCCCUGGUCAACCUGACCGAGUGGCCGCCCUUCGUCAUAGCCCUCGAAGACGUCGAGUUGGUGCACUUCGAAAGAGUCCAGUUCCACCUCAAGAACUUCGAUAUGGUGUUCGUGUUUAAGGACUACGCGAAAAAGGUGGCCAUGGUCAAUGCGGUGCCUAUGAACAUGCUGGAUCAUGUUAAGGAGUGGCUGAACUCCUGCGAUAUUCGCUACUCAGAAGGUAUUCAAUCUCUAAACUGGACCAAAGUCAUGAAAACAAUCACGGACGACAUCGAAGGCUUCUUCGACAAUGGUGGUUGGUCAUUCUUGGAUCCGGAGUCGGAUGAAGAAAAUGCUGCACAGCAAGAGGAGGAUUCUGAAGAGGAGGAUGACGCGUACGAGCCCACGGACGCCGAAUCGGAGGAGGAGUCCGAGGACGACUCGGAGUACGACUCCGAGGCCUCCGACGAGUCCGACGCCUCCGGGGACAGUGAGGAAGAGGACGAAGAGUCCGGCAAGGACUGGUCGGACUUGGAGCGGGAAGCAGCCGAGGAAGACAAGAAAGAGCGCGGCUACGAGCGCGAGGACUUCGACGGCAAGCGCAAGGCCGGCCGCGACCGCCCGCGCUACGACGACGACCGCAAGAAGCACAAGCACGACAAGUCGCACGCGCACAAGCCCUCUAGCCACAAGAGCCCCUCCAAACAUAGCAGCAGCAGUCCGUCGAAGAACCGCGACAAGCACCACAAGUCGUCCCACCACUCCGAGAAGUCGUCGCACAGCAAGUCCAACGGCGACCACAAGAAGCACUCCGACCGCAAGUCGCACAAGCGCUCGCGCGACGACAGCCGCGACCACGAGCGCAGCUCCAAGAAGCCCAGGAAAUAAAUUAAGAAUCAACAUUAUUUUGGAGUUAAACGGGUUCCCCUGGCACGCGGCUCGCGACUUCGGUUUUAAGUUUAGAUACACCUGCCCAGUGUCCGUCUGCAUAAUGUUCAAAAUCUGAUAGCCUGUAUGUUCUUUGUAUGUAUGUAGAUUAUUUUCAAUUCCAUCGAUAAAU